CCUCGAUCUCAAGCCAAUUCUUCUCUCUCCCAUUGUGUCUCCUUCCUCGAACUCGUCUCUCAUCAUGGUGCCCCAUCCCCUGGCCAUUCUCUCCGAGGAGGAGAUUAACCUUGCGCGCGAUCUCGUCCUCGCAGAGCACCCCAAGACCGUCGUCGACUUCCGUGAGAUCUUUCUCCAGGAGCCUCCCAAAGCUCAGCUUCUUGAGUUCCUUGCGCUUGAGCACUCUGGUUGUCUGAGUCCAACUACUCCACGCCCUCCUCGCCUUGCUCUGUGCCAGUACGAUGUCAUUGGCGCCGACCGAGUUCCCUCGUACCAAGAGUCCGUUGUAGAUCUAGUGGCCAAGAAGCGUGUGAAGCAUCAGGUGAUUGGCAAGGAGCAUCAUGCUGCCUUGAGUCUGAGCGAGUUUGAUACCCUCGUCGAGCGUUGCUUCGCUUCUCCGCUUUUUCAGGCCGCUCUCGCCGAGUUUGACUUGCCAGAAGGAUUUGAAGUCGUCAUUGAGCCAUGGCCAUAUGGCGGUUUAGACUAUAGCGAUUCCAACAAGCGGUACUUCCAGGGUCUUUGCUUUGCGCAGGACGCAAGCAAAAAACACCCCGAUGCUAACUUUUACUCCUACCCCCUGCCGCUGAUUCCUGUCAUGGAUGCUCAUACCCAGGAGAUUAUCCGAGUGGACCGCCCAGCUACUGGAGGUAAAGGUGAUGGUUUGCGCGAGCAGACAUUCAAGCGCGACAUUAUUGGACACUGCAAGGCGUCCGACUACAUCCCUGAGCUGCUCCCAGCAGGCUCUCGCAAGGACCUGAAGCCGCUUAAUGUUGUCCAGCCGGAGGGACCAUCCUUUCGUAUCACAAAUGAGUCACUUGUUGAGUGGCAGAAAUGGCGGUUUCGUGUUGCCUUCAACCCCCGCGAAGGUGCCACUAUUCACGACGUGUGGUAUGAUGGCCGCAGUGUCAUGCACCGUCUUGGUAUCAGUGAGAUGACUGUCCCAUACGCUGACCCCCGUCCUCCCUUCCACCGCAAGCAGGCCUUUGACUUUGGAGAUGGUGGUGGCGGAAACAUGGCGAACAAUCUAUCGAUUGGCUGUGACUGCCUUGGAGUUAUCAAGUAUUUCGAUGCGAUUCUCACUGGGCCUGACGGCACUGCACGGAAGCUUCCCAAUGCUAUUUGUUUGCACGAACAAGAUGGUGGCAUUGGCUGGAAGCACUCCAACUGGAGAACAGGUCGUGCAGUCGUCACUCGCAACCGCGAAUUGGUUGUGCAAUUCAUUAUCACUCUGGCAAACUAUGAGUACAUCUUUGCCUACAAGUUCGACCAAUCUGGCGGUAUCACCGUUGAGUCCCGUGCAACAGGCAUUUUGAAUGUGGUCAACAUCGACGCUGGAAAGGUCAGCGAAUAUGGUAAUGUGGUCAGCGGUGGUGUGUUGGCUCAGAACCACCAGCAUAUCUUCUGUGUUCGCAUGGACCCUGCCAUUGAUGGACCGACCAACUCGGUCCAGAUCGAAGAGUCACACCCUGUUCCCAUGAAUGAGGCCACCAACCCCCACGGUAACUUCUACCAAGUUACCUCUGAGACCAUUGAGCGCGCAUGCUACUUUGACGCUGCCCCUGAAUUGAACCGGACGGUCAAGAUGAUCAACCCUCACAAGAUCAACCCCAUCAGCAAGAAGCCCGUGGCGUACAAGUUCAUUCCCCUGGCGACGCAACGACUGUUGGCUGACCCCAAAUCGAUUCAGGCUCAGCGUGCCCAAUUUGCUCAGCACCAUGUCUGGGUGACCCAGCACCGUGAUGGUGAGCUGUACGCUGGCGGACGCUACACUCUUCAGAGCCAGAAGGAAGUGGACGGUGUAUCUGAUGCCGUCAAGCGUGGUGACUCGGUGAAUGAUACUGAUGUAGUUGUCUGGAGUACUUUCGGUAUCACCCAUAAUCCUCGUGUGGAGGAUUGGCCUGUGAUGCCCGUGGAAAUCUUCCAGCUUAUGAUCAAGCCCGCUGACUUUUUCACCGCGAACCCAUCCCUGGACGUGCCCUCGGGUAAGGACGCAGCCUCGAGGGUAGUGAGUGGUUCGGAAUGCUGCCGCAACGCACAUAUCUAAGUGUAGAGUAUGUGUCGGAGGGGGGAACGAGAGUUGAAGUAUGACUAACGACCCGAUUUGCUGUA